AUGCCCAAACAGUCAAGGCCAACGAGUCCCAGUACCUGGAGGCGCCGGUCGUGGGCAUCUUUGCGGUCAACGCCGCGCAGCAAUCGCAUCACGCGGGUCCUCACAGCCAUCCUCCUCUUCGUGUGCGUGUUGCACGCCUACGAUAAAUUUUGCACAGCACGCUGGGAGCUGUCCAUCAAGUACAGCCCGACGCAGUUCACCAGGCUUUCUGUCGAGGAGCAGAUCCGUCUCGCCGAUCCACAAUGGCAAUCGAAUGAAUCAACGGAGCUUGCGCCAUACCAAGACUCCACGGACAAAUCAGCGUACUCGCGCGCUGCGCUAUUGAAUGACGGCCUGCAAUGGACAAAAUUGGGUGGCGGGUUCGAGGGAGAGACAUUCCGCUAUCGCGAUGUGGUCAUCAAAGUCUACCGGGAGCGACACACGCCCCUUCGAAACUGCAUGCUCGGACGUGAGCCCGAACAAAGGUGGCCGACUGAAGUGGCAGCAUCGCUGAUCAUGGGUGGGAUGAGAGGGCGUGGGGAAACGAUCGAAGACGACGCUAGUUUCCUGCCGGUGAUAGACUACUUUCUGGCUUCCCCACCAGCGAAGGACCAGCUUCAGUCCCGGAAAUGGCAUUUUGUCACAGAAUUCCAGGCGAAUGGGAACCUGGGGAAGCUCGGUCAGCGGCUGCGGGAGUCAGAGUCUGUAUAUACAGCACGUGAUCUGGACACCAUCUUCCGCCCUUCACUAAACAGAGUGCUCCAGGCCCUAGAAGAUAUGCACGCAAAUCACGACCUGUGCCACGAUGAUCUGAAAAUGGACAACAUCUUCCUGGGCAAUAGGCACAAUGCCACGGAGAGAUUGCCACCGACAGAGGCUACGCACUGGCUUUUGGCGGAUCUAGGUAACGCCCGCGAACGAGAGCAUGCGUACCAUGCGACUACCAUAUGGAGGAGCCGCAAUCUCAUGGACUGCCGCGCCAACGACGUCGUCCGAUUGAUGAAGACCUACUUGGAGUUCCUUCGAAUGUCCGUGGACGACUUGGAAAGGUUCGACGCGGAGCUCUUUGAGGCGGCGGAGCCAUGGAGUCGUCUUUCCUGGUCCGUCCUGGAUGGAUCGCAGCAGCAAUACCGCACAACAGCCGGUUCUGUCCUGAACAGAUCCUUGGAGGAUUUCAUGCCGACCAACGCGCCCCUGGCAGGUGCACCGCGGCAGCCGUUCAGCUUCCACAACCCUCUAGCACGCCUAUUCGCGGGACGGAGGUGGGCGCUGUCGAGUGCGACGCAGCGUAUCCUCGAGGUCCAGGCGCGUGAGAGGAGCGCGCGCGUAUGGGGCAUGGCCUCCGUGUUUGGCGUACCUUACCCUUCAUGUGCGGACACGACACCCUGA